UAUUUAAAAACAAAAGUUAAAGAGCAAAGCAAAGACUGUGGCAAAAGUUACAACCUUUAUCACAGGAAAUGGCUUCACAGCCUCAAGUGAUGAGUUAGCCUUAGAAGUUAUUAUGGGAAAUAGGGUUACUGGAGGAAAAAAUUAGGGUCAAGAUGUAAUUCUCUCCAUAAAUGAUCACUGAAUAUUUCAGAUGGAAAAAAGUGAAUUGUUCUUUAAGACAAAGAGAAGAAUUUUCACAAAAAGUCCUCCAUUAAAUCAUCAGUCUGUGAAGUGAGCCCAGAGGCAAUCAUCCCAGGAGGGAAAGGUGCACAGUGGUCUUCCUGGGAGGGCUUGCAGGUUUCCUGCGGGGCGGGGCCGGAUGGGGUGGGACUUAGCUCGACGUCCUGGGUGACGUGAAAGCAGACGUCAGCUGUACCCAGAAGCACUCUGGGCUGAGCUAGUGCCAGUGGGAGCUGCGCCUUGUGAGGGAGCGUGUCUUUUGCGCCUAUAAGGUACAUAAAGGCCAUGGGAUCACUAAGCAGCCGGAUGCUCUGGGGCUGGGGGAGGCGUGCCCCAGGGCAGCCAAGUGCCGGUGGGGAGGAGGAGGAGAUGGUGGAGGCAGCCAUGGCCGCGUUAGAUGAGGCGGAGGACGAGAGUGAAGAGGCCGGACCUACUACCAGUCAGUUAGGCCUCAAGCGGAAGUCAGACACAGGAGGGCCUCACGAAAAAGAGCCCCCCAGGAAGCGCGCCAAAGACAGUUCCGAGUCCGUUUAUGAGGCACUCUUCCUAAGGGGGGAAGACAGUGAUGUGCAGAUCCGCGCACUAGGGGAGGCGUGGAACUUGCACAGAGUCUACUUAUGCCAGUCAGGUUACUUCGCUAGCAUGUUCAGUGGUGCUUGGAGGGAAGCAACCAUGAAUACUAUAGAGUUGCAGAUGCCUGACGAGAACAUUGAUCGUGAAGCACUUCACAAGGCUUUAGGCUCCCUGUACCAAGACUCCGUGUGCGUCCCACCCAGCCGAGUUGUCUCCAUCCUGGCCACAGCCAGCAUGCUGCAGUUGGACAAGCUAAUUCAGCAGUGUGGGGAAGUCAUGAAGGAGACAGUCAGCGCCCAGACAGUGUGCAGCUACUACUACUCUGCUGAGAGCUACGGCCUCCAAAACAUCAAGACCAUGUGCUUCCAGUGGCUGCUGGACAACCUGAUGACCCAGCGUAGUGAGCAGCUAUUGCGGGAAAUCAGCCUGGAUCUCAUGAAAGAGCUCAUCGCCUCUUCAGAGCUCUUCGUGAUGGAGGUGGAGAUGGAUGUGUACACCAAGCUGAAAAAGUGGAUGUUCCUGCAACUGCAGCCCACAUGGACAGGUCCCUGCCGCGCCUUAUUGUCAGACGCCAACUCGUGGUUUUUCAGGUCCAAGAGGGAGUUGGAGGGCACCCCUUUCCUGGAGACCCAGCAGGGCAGAGCCUUUGUGCCAGUGUUCCAGCAGCUGCGGCUGGCCUACAUAAUCUGCGACCUGCCGUCAGCACGCACCAUCGACCAGGAUGCAGUGAUCCCUGCUGCAUGGCUCACACCAGUGUAUAAAGAGCAGUGGCUUGCCUUCCUCCGCGCCGAGCAAAUCAGGGAGCUCGAGCCCAUUAACGUCAACGUGUCUCACCUCCAGGGGAACAGCAUGCGCUGUGGGGCCCAGCUCCGCAGGGAUGAGAUUUGCAGCUGGCGGUGGACUGGCUUCAACUUUGGCUGGGACCUGGUGGUGUCCUACAACAACCGGCGCAUCAUUUUCCGGCGCAGCGUGCUGAACAGAUGCUGUGGCCUCAGGGUCAGUCUACUCUGGCAGAGAAAGAUUGCAUUCCGCCUGCGCUUGGCUUCCUUGGACAGGGCUGGAAGCGCCGUUUUCAGGAAGGACACAGAAUACCAGAUCCUUGCCCUGAGAAAAGACCAAGAGCUAGUGGUAGUGAACCUGGAGAACCAAGAUGUGGCCUUCCCCAUAUAUGUGUCCUGUAACUUCCUGUACCUCUGCAGAGAGGGGCACUGCCCACAGUGAGGACUGUUCCAAAAGCUCAGAGAGCUGAGCAGCUCUUCUCUGGGCACAGAGGUGGCCAGCUUUCUCGAGAUGCCAGCUCCCUCUGGGGGAUCAACUGGCCUUGUCCAUCUCUGAUGACCAACUGUCAGAGGCUUUGUUGAAUUGUAGUUCAUAACAGUCGAGACUGUUUACCGGUGCUUACGAAGAGGACACAUUUUAAAGCCCCCAAACAUCUCCAGAACUCAUCCGUGCUGUUAAUGAGGCAGCCUGUCCUGGUUUAACAUACGUCGACUCCCA